AUGUGGAGGCAAGAUGUUUUAGGAUUUCCAAGACAAGAGUUUGAUGAAAUAACUUAUGAUGAAUUGUUGAAUGAAAUCGGCGUUGGAAAUACAACAACAAUUGAUGUAGUAUUAUUAGCAUUGAUAACUUUAAACAGAAUUGAAUCAAGAGCAAGUGAUCCUGAUCCAACUAAAAGAAAAUAUAAAGUAUUAUGA